AUGUAUCUCAAGUCUGUUCUUCUAACCGUUGCCCUGGCCAGCAGCUUUGCUGCAGCCCAUCCUCACCCACCACAUCCUCACCCAAACUGCACCGUCGGAACUGACACUGAGGCGUGCUCGUUGCCCGAUGGUGGCGCGGGAAUGUUCGUCUGUCGCCCGCACCCGCCUCAUGACGGAAAACACCAUGGUGGAGGCGGAAUCGGAGGAGCAUUCCUUCGCGUUGUGGAUCGAUUCACCGGUCAUCACCCACCACCACAUUCACAUUCGGAGGACGAAGCACACUUGGGCCCACCCCAUCACGGACAUGGCCACGGAGACCAUCAUCAUGGGGGAGACAAGGAGGAGCAUCAUCAUUGGGGCGAAAAGGAGCAUCACCAUCACGGACCUCAUCGCCAACUUCGUUCCGGCAGCAGCAGUAGCAGCAGUAGUAGUCGCAGUGGGCCUCCUGGGCCGCAUCAUGGUGGUCGACAUGGACACGGACCGCAUGGCAGCAGUCGCAGUGGGCCGCAUCAUGGUGGUCGACAUGGACACGGACCGCAUGGCCAUGGUCCACCCGACUUUUUGUCCCCCAGUCAUUGCGUUCCUGUGGACGGUCCUCCCAAGGACUUCCCACCACCUCCCCACCACGACCACCAUCACCCUCCUGCCCCAACCUGCGGCUGCUGCGGUGAUGUCUGCCCCGUCAAGUUGGAUUGUGGCUGCGGUGGUUGCAAGGUCCAGCACGGCAGGUUUGCCGGCACGGAAGGUGUUUGGGUGACUGUGACAUCAUUGCGGGAUGAGACUACCAAGGUCCGCAAGUGCGUUCCUGCUGGAGCCUAUGUCGAUGCCGAUUCCAACCGUGUUCAGUGCGUUACCGAGUGUUCUGAAGACAUGGUAGAAGA